AUGAUGUCAUUUGAGCUGUUUUUCACAGUUUGCCAGUCAUAUUGGGUGUUGGCACGGCUGAUGAUGGGACACUCAGCUAGCGCUCGGCUAUCCUCAUUGCCGGCCUCCAGACUUCACCCCUAUUGUUUACCACAGGACGUCGGCAUUUCUAUUAGUAGCAAUAAAAAAUGCGGAGCCUGCAUCAAAUGGGAGCAGGAAAUAAUUACCAUCCGGAAACGUACAUGUGCUGGGAGAUUGUGCAUUGAGGAUCACAAAAUGAGAUUCGAGCGGACGGAUUUCUUUACCCCACACACUGGUGACAAUAUCCUUCCAUUGUCUCCGUUCUUUUCAAGAUUCUUCGCAAUUAGGGAUGUUAGUCUUUCAAUCGAGAAAACGUACUUUGAGUUUCUCAGUGGCAUGCUUGCUGGACAGAAUGUACUGUGGUCAAGUCUUUCGCUGGAAAUCAUGAAAGUAUUGUGGGCUGCUAUUCUAUUCCCUAUCGAAGAGGCUGUAUUCUUUACGACCAGAUCCCGAUGUGUUGCUCUUCUCUCGUCAUCCAGUGAAAAAACUUUAGCGCAACAGCUAUCUGCCCAUAUCAAGAAAUUCACAGGAAAAGAGAUCUGUUGCGUUGAUAUAGCAGGGCACUUCCUGGGAGCAGUGAUGAUGAGAGCAUAUCUCCACGACACCUCAGGAGCAGUCGCUGACCAUUUUGGCGUCACCGAAAAUGACGUGAUUGUUCACGUUCUCCCUGUUCACCAUGCAACAGGGAUCGGAAUUGAUUUCCUCUCUUACAUAUACUCAGGUGCCUGUGUUGAGUUUCGUAGCGGCGCUUCGAUAUGGAUAGCAGGCAUGGAGCCCCAUGAGACUGAUCAGUAUCUUGUCGGAACACGCCAGUUCCGUGCCCUGCUAUGUGCAACCUCUGCUCUCCCCACCUCUGUUCAGGAAUUCUGGACAAAAAUACUUGAUGGCAAGACUAUAUUGUCCAGAUACGGCGCAACUGAAAUCGGCCCGGUUUUUACGUCUUCGAUUGAUUCAGAUUCUGUUCCUCCCGGCAGUGUCGGACCAGUCUUAACGAUUACGCUUUCAGAAGGUCACCAGGGAGAGGUGUUGAUAAAGGGUCCGUACAUGUUUUCGAAAUGCCUUUUCGACGAGGUCGCCACAGCCAAGGCCCAUGAUGCAGAUGGCCUUAUAAAACUGGUGAUAUUGCCCGCCGUGAAGGGAGGCAACUAUUUUAUUCCCGGCCACGCUUCCAUUGACAUUACUAAAACGGGUGGCUAUAAAAUAUCCGCUCUCGAUAUUGAACGCGAGAUUCUUGACCUUCCCUACGUUUCCCAGGUGAUGAUUUGUCGCCCGCGUGUCGCUGCUGUGGUAGGUUUAAAAAUUGAGCAGACCACUUACAAGUGUCCGGGAAACGGCUGGGUUGGGAAGUAUUUUACACUGGAUGAUCUACGCGCUGACCGACGGAGAAAGUUGGCUGACUAUAAAAUUCCCACUCUAUUGAGAGUAGUGGUGCAUGGAAUUCUGAAAACUGGCAUAGGGAAGGUGGUGAAAGGGGUGCUAGGCCCUCAGUUUUUUCCAGUGGAUUAUAAACAGCAUCCGGAUGCACAAAUAUGGUCACCAGUUAAGCAGAGUGUCCCAGAUCCAAGAUUAUAG